AUGGCCUCCUUCAUGAAAGCCCCGCCCCUCUCACUCACCCCCGACCCACCCUUCCCCGCCAGCACCACCGGCUGCUGGCGACUCGGCGGCGAACUCUACCACGAGUUCGGCCGCUACGAACGCGUUCUCACGGACCUCCUGCGCGCGCGAGCCCAGAUAACUCCCAAGGUCCAAGAAAAACUGGCUGAUAUCGAGGCGAAGGGAGGGCCGGGUACCGAAGCCGGACGCAAGGCGCAGCUCGAGAAUGCCUCGCUGUUUGUCAAGAAUUAUAGGGUUAAUGACAAAUUGGCGGAGUAUGGGAGGUUGAGAGAUCGGUUGAGGGCGCUGUCGAUGCAUAUGCGGACGAAGGGGAUGGUGAGGCGUGGGGGGAAUGAUCUGAAUACAUUUCCGCUUGAAUUGUGA